GGUGGUGGUGGUGGUGGUGGUGGUGGCGGCAGCGGCGCCGGCAAGAGUUUUGUAGCGGCAGAGGCGGGAGCCCAAUGAGGAUAUAUACAUGCACACGCAAUACAGCACACAGUCGACAGCCGGCAGUCGUAGGAAGCGGGCCGUGCUCUCCUUCCUCCUCCGUUCUCUGAGGUAGUGAGGAAGAGAGAAAGGAAAAGAAGACAGAGAGAGAGAGAAAAAGAAAGAGAGAGACAGACAGACAGAGAAAGAAAGAAAAAAAAAGAGUAGUAGUAAUACUUGUCUCUCGAACGUAUCGAAGAGUUUAGCCGGCCUCGCGUCUUAUUGUCGUAUUCUUCCAUCGAGGAAGAAGCUGAGAUCGCGUGCGAGAUAUACAUCAUAGAAAGUAAAAGAGAACGAGAAAAAAAAAAGAAAUAUAUAUAUAUAUAUAUUAUGUAUAUAUAUAAAUAUAUAUAUAUAUACGUAUAUAUGUGUGUAUAACACGUAUAUAUAAAAAGAAGAUUUCAUUGUGAAAAGAAGUAUAAUAAUCGUCUUUGAAGAUUCACGACAAGAUUUUCGUUUGCCAUUUUUUUACACGUCGGUUAUUUUUAUUUCUUUUUUUAUUUUCUACCUUCUUUUUUCUUCUUCAUUUUUAUUUCUUUGAUUUUGUUUUUUGACUUCUUGAUAUUUUUCUUUCUUUUCUUUUCUUUUUUUCUUUUUUUUUUUUAUUGUUUCUCUCUCAUUAUCUUUUAAUUAACCAUGAACGUUUUGGUGUCGUCUAUGUAUUACAUCUCUCGUGGCCAUCAACCACGGGAGUUAGAGUGGAAGAUAAACGAUCGAAUUUCUACGAAGGAUUAUCAUCGUUGCAGAAGAAGAUAAGGAAAAGGGAUAAUUUGUUUUUCUCACCCCCUUCCCUAUCUCCUCUCUUCCCUCUUACGCCUCUUGAUAAUAGAGUAACGUUUGACAUAAGUUUAACUUAUUCGAUCCUUCGUAACAUUGAUUCCUUGUUCUUUAUUUCUUUCUUUCUUUUUUUCUCUUCUACUGUUUUUUUUUUCCAACGUUUUGCAACAGUUUGAAAACACGACAUAUGAUUUUUUCGAUGGAUAAUGAUGAUGUGUCUGUGAUCAUUGUAUAAGUUUACAUAGUGUGACAAAGACGAUAUAAAAAGAAAGUGAAAAUAAAAUCUGUGAAGAUAAAACGUAACAUCCGAGGUAAUCAAAAGACUUAAAAGAUAUAUAUAUAUAUACUCUAUAUAUAUUUAUAUAUAUAUAUAUAGAGAGAGAGAGAGAGAGAGAGAGAUUGAGAUAGAGAAGAAGUAUCUUGAUCGUUUUAGAUCAAAGGAACGAUCGAAAAAAAGAAAAAAAAAAGGAAAAGGAAAGAAAAAAAAAAGGGGGAGGGAGUAGUGAGAUCCGCGUAGAAGAACCGCGUUAAGUUCUCUCUCUGCAGAGAGCAGCCGAGUGAUUAAGGCCCGGACAGGCCACGAGCUCGCGUUCCUGGCUAUGGGCAAGCUCUCAAUAAUCAUUCGAAGUGGUACUCGUGAAAACGACCGAGAAGAGCCGGCAAAGCAAGAGCAACAACAGCAAAAUCAACAACAGGAAAGCCAAUACCAAUACAAAUACCAAUACCAAUACCAAUAUCAAUACCAAUAUCAACAGCAAGACCAAAAGCAACAUAAUCAACAAUAUAAUCGGUACCAAAAGCAUAAACAAAGUUCUUGUCGUAAUAACACCAAAGUUAUCGUAUCAUGCUGUGCCGACUCUUCUUCAUCUGCGAAUAACAAUAAUAAUAAUAAUAAUAAUAAUAAUAAUAAUAAUAAUAAUAGUAGUAGUAGUUGUUGUUGUUUGCUUGAUGUUUGCGAAGAAGUUGGAAAGGUGAGAUCCGGUACUCGAGGACAACCACCACAACAACCACCACCACCAUCACCACCAUCAUCAGCAUCACUACCACGUGCUGUUUAUUCUUCAAAGACGUUCCGCAACGAGACCACAAUCUCUUCAUUUUCGUCAUUUUCUUUUUGUGAUACGAUAGACAACGAUAAUAGUGUUGCUAAUAGAGUAUGCAAAGAACUGGGUGAGGUGUUUGUCGGUGGUGAAAACUUUAGAAAAAUUUCUUCUUCGCCUUCGUCGUCGUCGUCGUCGUCGUCUUCGUCUUCGUCUUCGUCUUCGUCUUCGUCUUCGUCGUCUUCGUCCUCCACUUCUUUAUCAAGGAGAUCAAGAAGAAUUUUAUCUGGAAGUAUUAUCCUUGCUCUACUCGUGAUGAGCGUUUUGUACGAGCCUACACUUGGUGUACCAGCACCAGCAGCAUCAUCUUCUUCCUCUUCCUCCUCCUCCUCCUCCUCCUUCUCCUCCCCCUCUUCUUCCUUCUCCUACUCCCCAUCUUCUUCUUCUUCUUCUUCAUCUUCAUCUUCUUACGAGCUUCAACGGCAGGUGGAAGCCAACUCAAGAUUCCUCGAAUUCGAAGAGAACUACGAGGAUGAGGUAUACGAGCCAACGGCUACGGCUACGCCAACUAGUGCUGGUCAUUCUUCGAGAAACGUGCUCGGCGACGAAGAGCUCGAAAUUAUCAGAAGGAGCAUCGUUGAAAGCCUCGGGCUUCAAAGGAUACCCGAUCCUUCUAAGAGCAUUCUGGAAAUAGGACGAGACGAGAGACGAUGAAAUCAGAAUCGGAAUCAGAAUCAGAAGCGGAAGAAGAAGAAGAAGAAGUAGG